UGGUGGCCGUGCCGUUGGAGGUCUGCUGCAAAUUCUAGACCUUUCGCUUUUCCAGAUCUAGGGUUUCCUUCCUCCCUCUCCAGCCCCUUUAACAGGCUUGACGUCGACCGCAUCGUUCUGUUUCCUCGCAAACCCUACCUGUACCUCUUCCCACUGUCUCUUUCACGAUCGAUCGAUUCGUUCCCGCUGCGAUACAGCCGGUUAAUUUUUUACUGAAGCGGCAGAAUUUUAGGGUUUGACAACUUCCUCUUCCCACCUUCCACUCCGUUGAAUCACGGAUAAACAAUUUCAAAGGGAAAACGAAAAAGGCCACUAAUAUGUUCUUUCCUCUAUUCCCCGUCGAUGGAUCUGAUCGGGAUCGGGGUUUUUGAUUAUCGAGUUAAUUUUGCAAUUUAUCAGAUCAUUCAUUCAAAAACCUAAAGGGAUUUUGAUUUGAUUUGGUCAAUGACGAUGAUGAUGAUGAUGUUGAUAAGGGACUGCAGAGAAGACUUCACCGAGUAAGAAGAACAAAAUUUCUGAUGCAAAGUUAGGGUUUUUUGGGAUCCAUCUGGGGGACGACAAAAAUGCUUAAAUCUGUGGUGUACUACGGGGAGGAAUUGCUGGGGGAAGUUGAGGUAUAUCUUCAACAACAGCAGCAACAGAGGCAAGAAGGAGGAGGAGAAGAUGGAGAAGAUUACUAUAACAACAACAACUACCACGACGACGGCAACUACAAGAACAACACCUACAACAACGGCAGAGGUAAAAUGAUUGAGGAUGUGGUGAAGGAAAGAAUCAAAAUUGGGCACUUCUCUCAGCCCAGUGAGAGGUGCCCUCCACUGGCAGUGCUUCACACGAUAACAUCCACUGGGGUUUGCUUCAAAAUGGAGUCCAAAUCGAUGGAGAACUCGCCGCUCUCUCUUUUGCACUCCUCCUGUAUCAGAGACAACAAGACUGCCAUUAUGCCUUUAGGAAAAGAGGAACUGCACUUGGUUGCAAUGUUCUCACGCAAUAAUGACAGACAGUAUCCAUGCUUCUGGGGUUUUAGCGUCCAAGCAGGACUCUACAGCUCUUGUCUCGUCAUGCUGAACCUCAGGUGCCUUGGAAUUGUUUUUGAUCUUGAUGAAACACUGAUAGUUGCAAAUACAAUGCGUUCUUUUGAGGACAGAAUUGAGGCAUUGCAGCGAAAAAUAAGUGCCGAUUCAGAUCCACAGCGUAUUUCUGGCAUGCUCGCUGAGGUGAAAAGGUAUCAAGAUGAUAAGAGUAUCCUUAAGCAAUAUGUGGAAAAUGAUCAGGUUGUUGAUAAUGGGAAGGUGAUUAAAAUUCAAUCUGAGGUUGUGCCAGCCUUGUCGGAUAACCACCAGACAGUUGUUCGCCCACUCAUACGCAUGCAAGAAAAAAAUAUUAUUCUAACCCGCAUAAAUCCACAGAUCCGGGAUACAAGUGUUCUGGUGAGGUUGAGGCCUGCUUGGGAGGAUUUACGGAGUUAUUUGACUGCUAGAGGGCGCAAACGUUUUGAGGUUUAUGUUUGCACAAUGGCUGAAAGGGAUUAUGCUUUGGAAAUGUGGAGGCUUCUUGAUCCUGAAUCUAAUCUUAUAAAUCCAAGAGAAUUGUUGGACCGCAUUGUGUGUGUCAAGUCAGGCUUGAAGAAAUCUUUGUUUGAUGUAUUUCAAGAUGGGACAUGUCACCCUAAGAUGGCUCUAGUCAUUGAUGAUCGCUUGAAGGUUUGGGAUGAUAAAGAUCAACCACGGGUGCAUGUAGUGCCUGCAUUUGCUCCAUACUACGCUCCACAGGCUGAGGCAAAUAACACUGUCCCCGUGUUGUGUGUUGCAAGAAAUGUUGCUUGUAAUGUGAGGGGUGGCUUUUUCAAGGAAUUUGAUGACGGUCUUCUGCAAAGAAUUCCUGAAGUUGCAUAUGAAGAUGAUGUCAAGGACAUUCUUUCUCCUCCAGAUGUGAGCAAUUACCUAGUUUCAGAGGAGGAUGUUCCUGGUUCAAAUGGAAACAAAGAUCCACUAGCUUUUGAUGGUAUGGCAGAUGCAGAGGUUGAAAGAAGGCUGAAGGUGGAUCCAAUUGCAGCUUCUUCAGUCAUCCCUUCAGCAGUUAACAACAUAGAUCCAAGGCUUAUUGCAUCUCUUCAAAAUGCAGUUGCAUCUUCUUCAAGCCCAAUUUCUCUUCCCACGUCUCUAUCAGCUGUUUCACCACUCCCUAAUGUACAGUUUCCACAAGCAGCAUCAUUACUUAAGCAAUUUGGUCAUGCUACCCCUUCAGAGCAGAGCAUGCAGAGUUCUCCUGCUAGAGAAGAGGGUGAAGUACCAGAGUCAGAGUUAGACCCCGAUACAAGAAGGCGCCUACUCAUAUUACAACAUGGGCAAGAUGUAAGAGAAACGCCACCAGCUGAACCUUUUCCUACAAGACCUCCGGUUCAAGUUUCGGUUCCAAGGAUUCCGUCAAGGGGAAACUGGUUUUCUGUGGAGGAAGAGAUGAGUCCAAGGCAAUUCAGUAGAGCAGGACCAAAAGAUUAUGCUUUAGAUUCAGAAAUGCAUGUUGAGAAGCACCGGCCUCAUCCUCCACCCCCUUUUCCCAAGAUUGAGAGCCCUGCUCUACCUGAAAGAAUUUUUCAUGAGAACCAAAGACAGCCUAAAGAGGCACUUGGUAGAGAUGAACGGAUGAGGUUCGGACAAAAAUCUUCUCCUUAUCAUUCUAUAUCAGGUAUCGUUGCUGAUCAAUCUCAAGGUGAGGAUAUUCCACUUAGUCAGACAUCUUCAGGCGGCAGAGAUUUUGACUCUGAAUCUGGGCGAGUCAAUCCAUGUGGAGAAACUCCUGCUAUUGUUUUGCAGGAUAUUGCAAUGAAGUGUGGAGCCAAGGUCGAGUUUAGGGCAAGUUUGGUUUCAAGCAUGGAUCUGCAGUUCUCCUUUGAGGCUUGGUUUGAAGGAGAAAAAAUUGGUGAAGGCAUUGGUAGGACUAGAAGGGAAGCUAAGCGUCAAGCCGCAGAGGGUUCUCUUAGGCAUUUGGCUGACAUGUACAUGGCCCGUACGAAAUCUGAUUCUGCAAGCAGACAAGGAGAUGUGAAUAGGAGAUCUCCUCCCAAUGAAAAUGGAUUCUUUGGAAAUUUAAAUUCUUUUGUGAAUCAUCAGUUGCCCAGGGAAGAGCCUACGUCAUAUUCACCCGCAAUGGAGACAUCAAGAAUUGUAAAUUCCAGGAUGGAAGGUUCUAAGAGUGCAAGCGGAUCUGUUUCUGCUCUUAGAGAAUUGUGCAUGAUGGAAGGUCUCAGUUUGGAUUUUCAACUUCAGCCCCAUCUUUCAGCCAAUCCUGUGCAGGAGGACGAAGUUCAUGUACAGGUGGAAGUUGAUGGGCAGAUAAUGGGUAGAGGUGUUGGUUUCACCUGGGAAGAAGCCAAGAUGCAGGCUGCUGAGAGGGCACUCACUGCUUUAAGGUCUACGAUUGGGCAGUUUUCUCAAAAACGUCAAGGUUCUCCCAGACCAUAUCAAGGUGUCCCCACUAAACGCCUAAAGCCGGAGUACCCACGAGCUCUGCAGCGAAUGCCCUCUUCCGCUCGAUAUCCCAGGAACACGCCACCUGUUCCUUGAGAACUUCUUAGCCUGUAUUCCAUUUGUUCUUUUGUCGAGCAAGAUCUCACCAUUCAACAGAGGACAGAGCUACCGAGAUCAGAUUCCUGCCCUGAAUGCCGCGUCUUGAACCUCCUCUUGCAGAAACUCCCCAAGCCACGAUAAGAAGGUUCUUGCCUGAACCGGGUAUAAAAGAGUUCCCUUGGACUGGAUGACGCAGGACAGUCGAUCACUAUGAAUUCCAUUGCAAUCAACGAUGGUCUUGCCACUUUCUACGGUUUUGAUUGGUCCAGUCUUGAACAAUUCUUUUUUCCACUGGAUGUAGUAGGCAAAAGUUUCCUUAGUGAUGACAUCCUUGUUGUAUAUUGAUGGAGAGAUGAUUUGGAUUUUGAUCUCUGUUGUAUGCCGUCGGGGUCUGUCCUGGCUUCAGCAGAACCACGGGAUAACAAGGCAAGGCUUGGGCAACCAGCUGUUGAGAUACCCAUGAUGAAGGCGUCAGGUUAGGCUGUCGGGCUUAUCAAGGGGCCAGUCUAACAUAACAGGGUGCAUUGGGAAAUGGAUUACACGAAGAGCUGCCUGGUUCUGCACGGCUCGGGAUGCCACACUGACCACUAAUCAACUGUAUCAAUUGCUGGUGGAGUGCUUUGCUGACCUUUUGAGAUUGGAGAGUGGAGACGACAUGAUUGUGGAGUUUGUUUCAACACAUUCAUGUAAUCCUACGAUGUUUCUGUUUUUCUCAAUUAAUCAAAUGGGUUUAAUUUUGUCAAAUACUACUAGUAAUAUUUUAUUUUUUCUUGUUCAACCAAGGAAAUAUAUAUGUAUCUUUCUUUACUCUAUUCUAUUCUGUAUGUGGAAUAGCUUUGGCAGUAAA